CAGAUUCGGAAACUACGACGGGGAGUUACGGAAGAGGAUCAACAUGCUGAUAGCUGAAAGAUGGCUUGGUACGAACCUCUGUGGUACGAACUAGUGGAAACAUAUGAAACUUGUAUUUUCUGCUUAAUUGCCGAGGGUCGAGACGAAGAAGCGAAAGUCAUAAAGGAGAAUAAGGAGCUGGUGUGUUUCCAAGACAUUUACCCUGCAGCUCCUCAUCAUUACCUGGUUAUCCCCAAACAGCACAUCAUCAACUGUCACUAUCUCCACAGAGGACACAUCGACCUCGUUAACAACAUGGCUGAGAUGGGGAAAGCAGUACUCCAAGAGCAAGGAAUCACUGAUCCAAAGGACUUCAGGCUGGGGUUCCACCAGCCUCCCUACACGUCAGUCAAUCAUCUCCAUCUCCAUGUGCUUGCGCCCUCCAGCCAAAUCUCAAAGUCCUUAGAGUAUAAGUUUAUCCCAGGGACCUAUAAUUUUUUAACUGUAAGGCAUCUUACGAAGCACCUCAAAGAUAAAGAUCCACCAGUCGAUGGUCUAGAAAGCUGCUGCAUUUCUACAUGAGCAAGUUACACAAACACACAACUGUGGGCAUCAGGACAACAGCAGAGGAGUAAAAAACAUUAACCAGGAUGAGCCACAUGAAGAUGAUGCCGACAGUCAGCACUGGUAGCCUCCCAGUAAUGUCCAUGUUUCUGCGUUCAGACUCUGAUGUCCUUUAAGAGUGAGGGAAGCCCAAGUUUUUAAAAUAAUAAUAAUAAUGACAGUUACAAUAACAAUGCUCAAACUGUAAAGACUGUACCAGUCAAUGGUGUAAAUGAACCAAACAGACUCAUGUAUUAACAAACAGCCUACAGGCACUGAGCUGGUAGUAAACACAUUUAAAUAAUGUGGAUGGAUUGUAUUUUGUUGGCUUUUUGUAUAUGAAUGUUAGCUCAAUAGAUACAAAAUUAUUUAUCUUUUCAUGGUUGAGAAAAUUCCUUUGAUGAACUGAACACCAUGUUAAAUGAAUGUUGCACAGGCAAGAUUUUGUCAGAUAUGAAGCAAAUGUUAAUAAUUUUAUGAAAUAUUUAAGAGUAAAAUAUUUU